GGGGCGGGGCGCUCGCCCGGCCGGGCUUCUGCGUGUGUAGCGGAGUUGUCUGCCUUUCUCUCUCUUGUCUGUCUCUUUAUCUCCCUCCUGCCGCCUCCAUGUUGGAGGAGGCCUCGGGGCUGGCGGCGGCGGCGGCGGGAGCGAGCGCGGCUCGGCUGGGCAGCUCCCUCGCGCGCGCGGGCUAGGCGGGGAGGGCGCCGGCGGCGGCGGCGAGCGAGGGCGGCCGGGCUCCGCCGUGUGGGGCUGAGGGGGCGCCUGCCUCACGGGAAAGCGCCGGCUGAGGGAGCCGCUUGGGCUUCUCCCGCGUCCUCGGGCGGCGGGAGCCGGAGGGCGUGUUUGGGUCCACGUGGUGGCGGCGGCGGCUGUGGGGAGAGAGACCCUCUUCUGGAAGGGGGUCGUCGUGAGGCGACACGGAGCAGGCGCGGGUUGUUACCCGCAGUUGGGGUCGCUGAGGGGGGUCGAGUUUGGGGGGCCCAAGACUUCUCCCUCACUCGCGCUCCCUGAAAGCCGCCUGCCUGCCUCUUCCCUUUCCCACGUGAGGAAACGUAGCUGGGGGGGGUCCCUAGCAGCCCAAAGGGGUGCAGGCUUGGGGGUUGUUUUGCAAAGGCGGCGGGGGGGGGGUGCUAAGCGGGGCUGCCCCCCACCCCUCAAGAAGAUGGGGCCGUUGGGGUUCCCCUCCACGUGGCCGGUGUUCGUCUGAAGGGGAGGCUCUCUGGGAUAGGUAAUGGUGCCUGGAAAGCUGCCCGGGGCCAUCCUGGCGUGCAUGUGAGUCUUCCUGGAGGAGCCCCCCCCCUCUCUGCCCGAGGCUAGUCAGCCCCCCCAGGUGCUGCGGAAAGAUGGCUUGGGCUCUGAAGCUGCCCCUCGCGGACGAAGUUAUCGAGUCCGGCCUGGUUCAGGACUUCGAUGCCAGCCUCUCAGGAAUUGGCCAGGAGCUGGGCGCUGGUGCCUACAGCAUGAGGUAAGGAAGGGCUAUUGCUCUGUCCAGUGGCUUUUUUGAAGGAUAUCCAUCUGAUUGAUGGAGCUCCUCGAAGGGCUGAGUUCUGAAAUAUUUAUUUGGGAAGGCUGAACUGGCAUGUGUCACUUUUCGUCUGGUGCCCGGAGUGUAAUUGAACCAAAUGGCAUCUCAUGUUACUUUUGGUCCAGUAUCCUAUGAGCCGCUGCUUCCUGCUUGCACCAUGUGAUGUCCUUUUGUAAGGAGGGUGUAUUAUGAAAAUACUGUAUGUUGUCAUGUCUUCCUCUAAAAUUGUGGGGGGACAUUAAUCUGUUAUGCAAGCUACACAUCCCCAUAACUUGCUGUAGCUUGCUGAAUGAAAGUGGGGUUCACAAAACAAGCAGUUUUACCAAGUUGUAAAAUAGAUAAAUCCAUAGAUUGUAAGACUGUCAUAAUAAGCUGCACAUGUGUCAAUCUCGUAGCAAGGUUAAGCUUGAUCUUGAGUUGAUCAUACUUUUAUCCUGAAUAGUUUGAUUCCUAACAUGUUGCUCUUGCAUUAAUCAGUACUGUAAGAAUUAAAACUUGGUAAUGAACAUCAAAUGUGCACCUUAUUUAGAGUGAUUAUCUAGUACAGCUUUGCCCAGGAUUUUUCUUCAUAGCAAUAGGAUUGUUUAAAACAAAUGCUUUUUAGGAAACCGUGAAGUAGAGCCUACUAUUACUUCCCGAAGUAACUGUUCACAUUCAUGUCAUCAAAAUGUAACUUUCUUGCUUUCACUGCAUAACUUGUUGGACACCUAGUUGGAUUUCAGAAUGCAUCUAACCAUACUGUAUUGAUGGCUGACUUUCUGAAUGUAACUUCCACAAUUUUUCUUUCUUGCAAGUAAGAUGCAGCCAUUCAGGCUGCCAUCUUGGAUAGGCUCCUUCAUAAAAGGAAGGAUAGGGCAGAUCACAUGUUUUUGUGUUGGUCACCUGCUGCUAUUUGAUAAUGGAUGGAGGAAGCAGACAUAGACAUCAUAGGAACACUGCUGGAUCAGAUGAAAGGCCUAUCUAGUUGAACAUGGUGUCAUCACAGCGGCCAGCCAGAUGCCUCUGGGAAACCCAUGAGCAGCACCUGAGGGAAAUGGUAAUCUGUUUGAGAUCGGCAGCUGCUGGUACUGGAGGCAAACCUCUUAAUACUGGAGCUAAAUAACCAUAAUGACUAUAAUAAUAAUAAUAAAUUUUAUUUAUACCCCGCCCUCCCCAGCCAAGACCGGGCUCAGGGCGGCUAACACCAAAUAUAAAAACAAUUGAUUAGAAUACAGCUUAAAAAACAAAAUUAAAACAAAACAUUAAAACAUUAAAAUGCAGCCUCAUUUCAGUGGAACUCAAUCAAAAACUUUUUGGGGGACAAAAACAUCAAGUCUUCACCAAGGCUAACUAUCCAGACUGGUCCUACAUGGGCCAGAAAAAAGCCAGGGAAGUCCCCAAAUAGGAGUUCCAACACAGAAGGAGAAAGGAAAAAAGAAAGAGAGGGAGGGAAUCAGAUUGAUUCCAAGCCAAAGGCCAGGCGGAACAACUCUGUCUUACAGGCCAUGUGGAAAGAAAUCAGAUCCUGCAGGGCCCUGGUCUCAUGAGACAGAGCGUUCCACCAGGCUGGAGCCAGUGCUGAAAAGGCCCUGGCUCUGGUUGAGGCUAAUUGACUUCCUUAGGGCCCGGGACCUCUAGGGUGUUGCUAUUUAUGGACCUUGAGGUCCUCCGUGAGGCAUACCGGGAGAUAUGACUAGUAGACAUUGAUAGACUUAUCCUUCGUGAUCUCCUUUUAAAGCUAUCCAGUGUAGUGGCCACCACUGUAUUUUAUGAUAGCAAAUGCCACAGUUUAGCUAGUUUCCACAUGAACAAAUCUGUCCUCGCAUCUGUCUUGAAACCAAGUGUCCCCAACUUCUAUUAUUAUGAGAGAAGUCCUGCCUAUCCACUUUCCUUAUGCCAUGCAUAAUUUUAAACACUCCUAUAAUGUUCUUGAUACCCUCCCACUUGCUUUUUUUCUGAACUAAAAAUUAGCUCCAAACAUUACAACCUUCCUUCCCUGGGAGAGUCCCUCCAUCCCUUGGGUUGCUUUUUUUGCAUUUUUUGAGUUCUGUACACUAGUGCCCUGGAUCGGCUGUUCAGUGAGAAUGAAUCCAAUGCCACUUUUAUGUGGUGUACAGACCAAGGAUUAUUGAAGCUUUAAGCUUGUUUUCAAUAACUACCUCUGUGUGGGUGGGAAGAAGUAGUCAAGUGUAGCUAUUAGAUGUAAGGGCAGCUGCCCUCAUUCUAACUGAGCACAUUUGGGACUUUCCUGAAGUGCUUUUUUUACCUUUUUUUACUGGGGUCCAUUAGUGUACCAAGAGAAUUGAGUCCCCAAAGCCCACACAUGGUGAAGGCUGCUUUUUAGAUUCCCUGGAAGCUAAGUACCGUAUUUUUCGCUCCAUAAGACGCACCUAGUUUUUGGAGGAGGAAAACAAGAAAAAAAAUAUUCUGAAUCUCAGAAGCCAGAACAACAAGAGGGAUCGCUGCGCAGCAAAAGCAGCGAUCCCUCUUGCUGUUCUGGGAUAGCUGCGCAGCCUGCAUUCGCUCCAUACAUUUCCCCUUACUUUUUAGGAGGGAAAAAGUGAGUCUAUAAAGUGAGCAAAAAAUACGGUAAUUCAUGUCCUGUGUCUGCCUUAUGCGAUUCCUCUUGUUCAGUCACUCUAGAUGCAGAACUACCUCCCCUCAGUGGAGUAUGCUCUGAUAGUUAGCUACAUAGAAACGGGGUGAUCUUCACAAUCUGCAUCUGAUUGAUUGAUUGAUUGAUGUCAGCAAUUUUAGAAUGGUUACAUGUAUGCUGGCUUAACUUCAGAAAUAAAGCUGCCUCAUAGGUUGGGUAGGUAUACUUUUACAGCUCUUUCCUGACUGCUGCUUACUGAAGGAGGCAGAAUACGGAAACUGCUUUACUGAAAAUGUCUUUAAAAACGCCUUCUGAUACUAAGCCUGUUCAAAGAUAAUGGGCCAGAUUCAGCUAAUUAGUCCCACUAGCGGAAGCCUGCACAACAACUUCUGCUAGUGCAACGGGGCUUCCCCCCCUCCGCUUGCUCCCUGAAGUUGGCUCAGAGGGGGAGAAGAGAACCCCUAGAGCAGUCUUUCUCAACCUUGGGUUCCCAGAUGCUGUUGGACUACCACUCCCAUCAUUCCUAAUUGCUGCCCCUACUGGCUAUGAAUGAUGGGAGUUGUAGUCCAUCAACAUCUGGGAACCCAAGGUUGAGAAAGGCUGCUCUAGAGCAGCACAUGGGGUGAGAAGGGAGAAUGUUUCAGUGCAAUUGAUUGCACAUCUGCCUCAGUGUGGUGUUGAAUUCCUCCCAUUUUGGUCCUGGGUUCCAAGAAGGAGCCCUGAGGAGUCCUUAACUCAGACACUGUCUCUUCCCCAUUGAGCAGUGGUUCCAGACUUCCAAUCAUGAUUUAGUGUCAAACCACAAUUUGCCUCUUUGAAUGAACAGCCAGGCUAAGGUCCGUGCUUGCUACAAGCCCAGAACAUAGUCAAAUGCUAGCUUCCAGAAAGUUGCUGCUAAGCCAUAUUUUGAAGUCCGAGACUGGAGAGUGUAGGGGUAGAUGAGGCAGUGUGUGAGCCUGAGGCUUAUCAGGGAUUGCUUCCAUGAAAGUAAACCUUGGUUUGGCAUUAUUUGACUCGGGGUCUUUCGACACAUUGAUUACAGUGUGCUGUCACAUUGUAAGGGUGGUGUUGUGAUGAAUCCUUAAUGUGAACUGGUCAAGCCAAAUCUUUCUGAAAGAUACUGCUCUGGUUUAGUUUCAGCAGAAAGCUAAAUGUUCAGAUUCUCUUCCAUCUUUGUUGGGGACGGGGAGCAAUCAACUUUUCAGCCGACUGUUUGGCGAGGGUUAAUUUGUUGCAUACCAUUGAAAUUGCAUAGAUCAGUUGGCUGAUGGGUAGACAAUUCUAUCCCAUAACAUGGGGUUACACUAGACAGCUUUUAGGUUCUUUCCAGUGCUGAUCUUCAGUGACAUAGGCACUUUUAUUUAGAUUUGCCCAAAGGAGAAAGAAACAUUGUAGAAAGGAAAUUAAAAAUAACAACACUGUGAGCACUAAUUUCCCAAUGUGACAUUUCCUCUUGGUGAUGUUGAUGCAAUCAUAUAAUCCAGCAGUACAACGCAAUUAAUUGUGUUGCUUUACCUGCUGACACACUCAGGAGGGACUGAGCCUUCAAGAACCUGGAAUUUCACUUACAGCACAGUUACCGUUUCUAUAGGUACAUUGGCAGGUUGUGGUGCAUGCCAUCUGCCACUUGGUAAUUAUUCCUUAAAAUCAGGCAUUUUGGAGUUUGCUUUUAUUAACUGAGUAAUAAAAGAGGUGAAAGCCCAGGGACUAGCUUUCAGUAACUUAGCACUUAAUGAAUUCUGGAAAUCUGCUUGUGACUCUUGAGUUGUUUUUAAAAGUGAUGCUUGAGGUAGUAAAAUUAGAAUUUGUGUGGAUGUAGGAAUACUGUACAUAUGUGGAGGUGGCUGAAGCUACUCCAGCUGCCUUCAAAAGUCUGCACUAUAUCAUUACUGCUUUUCUUUUUCUGGCAGGGAAGCACUUCUGUUUGCUUCCCCCCCCCUUCCAAAAAAAACUUGCAAAAUGACUUUCUCCUUGUACCUAUGAGAGCCCAACUAUGCAGUCAAUGAAAGUAGACAAAAUGGGUGUGUGUGAAUAUUAGAUGGGUUGAAUGACAUUCCCCUGUAGAAACAUUUAGAUAUACAACACUUUGGUUUUCUGCACUCUCAGAACAGUGAAAAACAGAACUAUUUCUCAAAUGCUGCCUGUAUUCCUUUUGCAAAUGAUGUAUGCUAUUUAUCAGUUGCUUGUGCAAUCUGCUGUGCUUCUUAAGUAAAAUGUUCUAUAUUCUGAGGGUUGUUCCCAGUUUUGCACAACACUUGUGCAAGCUGCUUUUUAACAGCGAUUCAUUCUGCGUGCUGUGAUGAAGGCUGAGGAGCUUGACACAAAGUGAAUUUUGUUGUUGCCUGUAGGAUGAGUCAUGUGUUGGGUUUUCUUAAGGGCACAAAUGCCUGACAGGUUUGCAUUUGGGGCAGGUAAACCUGUGUUUGCAAGGCUUUGUUUUGCUGGAAGAAAGCAAUACAUUUCUCUAAUGUACAAUCUGUUAAUCUAGGUGGUUUUGAGUCUUAAAAGGGGCAAUAGGUGACAUUGAACAUAUAAAUACUAGAAGGGCUUUUAUGUUCUUACACAAGGAGAUUGGCAUUAAAUGGGGCACAAUGUAAUCCCAGAACAUGCAGUAAAAUGCAGAUAAAGGGUAGAUAACCACCAUGAAGAUGCUAGUAUUUAUAUGUUCAAUCUCCUUGUGUAAGAACAUAAAAGCCCUUCUAGAUACAUUUAUCUUUCAACACACCCUGGUUAUGAAACACUGCCUGGGAGAUUUGUCUGGCACCCUCUUCAAUGAUUUUCGUUGUCUCUUUACUCAUCUUUUUCUGCAGGCAUUUGUUAAUCUGGCUGGCUAGUGUUCUUGUGCUUAACUACUGCUGCUCUCUACUCUUGGAAGUUUUAAUUUUCUUCCUUUCCUUAGACUUUGGGUACUGCAAUGAAAUGUUGCAGUUUGAAAUGCUUCUGUUGAGUGUUCUACCCACUUAAUUCCACCCCCACCCCCACUUGUCAUUUCCCUCCCCCUCUCACUCAACACUGAGUUGUUGCACCAUUUUGGAUUUUUCCACCCCAUUUUGAGGGGUGUCUGCAAACCUCAGGGUUAUCCUGCAUCUCCUUGCCUUUCUCUUGUGCAUCAGUUGUGCUGUUUUGGCUUCAGCUCAAUGAGCACUGGAAGACCAAAUCAUUAUUAGAAUAAAAUAUAUCUGCCUAAGUGGGGGUAUAAAGUCCGUGUAAUCCUGCAUACCAUUUUCCUCAGACGCCAUCCAGUUGCUUCAUGCCCUUUUUGUGGGUUUCCCAGAUGUAACAGCCAUUCCCUUCUCUUCCUCCCCGGUCCCCUCUUCAGCUCUGCUACAGUGGCUCCCAUGCAAGCAAUCAUAACAAGAGAAAUUGAGAAAUCAGGGGUGUGGAAGGGGAUAUGACGAGUACACCAGAGGUCAUUCUAUGGCAAAUGUCUUGCAGCAUGGACAGGACUUCAAAUUAAGAGCAUCAGGUUGGAGCUUUAUUGAUUAAACAAAUACCUAAACCAUUUCACAGCAUGGAGGCAUUGAGGCGGCCUGUGUACACAUUAAAAAACAGACUAAAACACAAGCUUUAUAAACGACAAAAUGAUACAUACAAACAACAUCAGAUACAAAACUGAUAUUCUAUAGAUGACUGGGUUACACUCAGUGAAAGCCUUCCUAAUCAAAAAUGUCUUCAGGUAGGCACCUAAACAGGAUUGCGCCAGGCACCUAUCUGGUUUCAGCUGUUAAUUGAUUCCACAGAGCUAGAGCUCUAUGUCUAACAUUGCUCCAUGUGCUCCUGAUGUAGUUUGAAUUGAUUGUUCUGUGUAAUUGAGCGUUUUGCUCUGGGGCUCAUUGCCGUGUGGAUAUGGCAUGUUGUGAGUCUGUCCUAUAUAUAUUUAUCUCUAGGGCAGGGGUUGCCAGACUCCAGGCUCGGGGCUAGAAUGUGUUUCUUCAGACCUUUUAGUUCAAUCUGUGGGACUUUUCCCCAGGCCGCAUUACUCACUAGUCCUGCUCUGCACCUUCUUUCAAGUGAUUUUUCCGAACUGGAAUGCCUCAUUGAACUGCGAUAAUGCAUUUUGCUUGCCUAGGUAGAGGGGUGAAAUGUCUGACUUUUCAUUUGCUGAAAUGUAGCCUAUUGUAUAAAGGUGAGUCACAUUCAGAACACUACCUAUCUCCCACCAUUGGCAUUCAUCCUCUCCCCCCUCCCACAACUCACAAAGAAUUUGUGACCCUCAGGUAGAAAAUGUUUCCCUUCUCUUUUACUAGGGGACAGAUGUGUGGGUGGUCCUGUUUCGCCUCUUGUUCCCUUCUUAUGCUGGCUUUAAAUUUUGUGUAUUGGGGACAGGCAGUUGUAUGGUGGAAGAUCAGAGAAGUUUGUGGUGAUAGCAAGCAGAACAGAGAGGUGACUGGAUACUGUGAAGAACAGGCAGGCUAUUAUAAAAAGUGUAGAAGCUCCUUCCUCUGAAAAACAAGCCUCUUGUAACUGCCUUGUGCUGGUGUUUGAAAAACGAGGAAUUAUGAGAGGUUCAAACAUGGUGCUUUCUUUAAAAAAUCAAAGCUGAGAAUCUUGAUUCCUGCAUUUGAUAUCUGAACCUGAGCAAAACCCUCUGUGCAGAAUCUCUGUAAAAGAUUCAGAAAAGUAUGGGAGUACUGAAGGUCUUCUAACUUCUUCUGGUCACAAACCGGAUAUGGUGACAGGCAGAAUUCCAGUGUGAAGAAAUGGGUAGUUCAAUGCUCUGGCCUAAAUGAGGCUAGAGUUAACUGUGUUAGGGUCAAAGGGCCUUCUUUAAUAAGUAAUUUCCACUGAGGGUGCUAAUUCUGGGUGGUGGAUUGUGGGGGUGGUGGUUGUUUUGAGCUGCUUAACUUGGUUUCCUUUAUCAUCUUCCCUACAAAUGGUUAACUUUUUUAUUACACAUGGGUGACAUGGGAAGCUGACCUUAUGGGAAUUGUAUAGAACUGAACCACAGUAGUACUGAUAACUUAAAACUGCUUUAUUUCCUAGCUUAGGUGCUCUUAUCACAGUUCUGUUUUUAAAAAGCCUAUUCCUUCUAACUUGGUUGUUAAGAGUCUCUUUGUUGAGUUGUCAUCUCUGUGUGGAUUUACUGGUAUUCUUAAUCUAGUACCAAGGUCAUUUUCGUAACUUGAAGUUAGGUUUACACAUGAACAUAUGAAAGCUAGUAGCACACCUAAGAGGAGAGAAAAACACCCAGCUAGUUCUUUUUCAACGUAAAGGAACAUUCUCACAUGCUUCCCUGGAGCCAUAUUUACUAUAGACAACCAAUCUAGUGACUGAGGUUGUUUGUUUGUGUGUGUGUGUGUGUGUGUGUGUGUGUGUGUGUACCAUAAGAGACUGCUGAACAGUCACAGUGCUAGAUCAGGCUUCUGAGUCAUGUCGAUUGGGUUCACGACUGCCUUGAUGGUGCUUCUAACAGGAAUCAGGUCUGCACUCAUCUCCGCUUUCAGGCCGAGGGAGCCAAUGUUUGACCACAGAGAGCUUUUCUGGGUCAUGUGGCCAGCAUGACUAAACCGCUUCUGGUGUAACGGAUCUGGGUCGAAAAUAACAGGUCGCCAGUCAUUUUUUUGUGACUCAGGAGCACCACGCAGUGACACAAGUUGAGAUUUCCAGUUGCUUUGUGACUCCUGCCACACCCUAAUACAGUGGUACCUCGGGUUACAUACGCUUCAGGUUACAUACACUUCAGGUUACAGACUCCACUAACCCAGAAAUAGUACCUUGGGUUAAGAACUUUGCUUCAGGAUGAGAACAGAAAUUGUGCUCCAGCGGCGCGGCGGCAGCAGGAGGCCCCAUUAGCUAAAGUGGUGCUUCAGGUUAAGAACGGACCUCCGGAACGAAUUAAGUACUUAACCCGAGGUACCACUGUAAAGGUGAAAUAGCAACUGUUUCUGUACUCUCCAAAGCUGAUAGAAUUUGAAGGUAGCUGUGUAUAUUGUUUCUAUAUGGAUAACUGAAGUAAUCCCACAUUUGCCUUCAAAUUAAGCAUUGUGGUCUGCUGUGUUGGAACUGGCUGUUUUGUGACUUCAUUUAGGAAACACAGUUGUAAUUAAGUAUUCACCAGCUGAAUUUGCAAACCUCUGAUAUCAUAGCAUUGCCCACUUCCAAUUACGAUCUGCGGCGAAUAGACACGCUAAUCUUCUGGAACAGAGCAUUUUAACCAGAUGCUGAAUUUGAAUAGUUAUGUAACCCCCAGGCAAGAUUGCUGUUGGUUCUGUAUUCAUUGUUCGUGUAUUGGAGUUGACUUCCUCAAAAUACUGUUAUUGAGGCACAGAAAAAAUGAGCUAUAAGGAAAAGGGGGGUACUGCUGUCUUAAAUGGAGAGUUUUAAUCUAAUGUAAAACCAGUGUUCCUUCUCCAGUGUCUUGCAGGUUGUUUCGCUGAAUUGCAUACUUUUGUUGAGUGGUCUGUUCUGUGCUUUGAUGCAGAGAUGUUCUGUUUCUGACAUUUGGGCAACUGAUCACACAUGGGAGCUCUCCCUUUUGAUAACUGCUGAGGUAGAAAAACACCGUGGAUCAAAAAUAAUUUUUUGUUCCUCUGUAUUUCAUUGGCUUGUAGAAACCUUAAACAGUAUAUUCUGCUUGCAAAUUGUGGGCAAAAUUUGGUGUGGCAAGCAAAACUGGCAGCCUGAUAUACCAAUGUUUGUUGUUUACUCACCAACUCAGAACAUAAUAUCCCACCAUAAACUGCCAAAAUCAUUGGGCAUAAAUUAAAAUAACUUCCCCUGGGGUUAAUACAUUCUGGUAGUUGGUGCUAGCCCAGGCUUGAGGGGGUUAUUGAACCACCACCCCAAAUUUCUCCUGUCAUGUCCUCAGCACUAGACAGGGAUGUCUCAAGGCUAUAUUUUGGCCCAUGCUGCUCAGAUUCCUAUGGAAAAUCUCAGAAGUGGCUUGGAGCUGAAAUGAUAGGGACAUUUUCGUAUCCCUUGGGCGGUAUGCUUAGAUGAGUGGGACCUACUGAUGGACUAGAAGCAAGGGUCUUGAACUGCUUGUGAGUUGACUCAAGGCAACAUUUUUUUCAAUGACUGCCUUAUUUAUUAAAAAAUUGUCCAGUAGCACCCUAGAGACCAACUAAGUUUGUUCUGGGUAUAAGCUUUCAUGUGCACGCAAGCUUAUACCCAGAAUAAACUUAGUUGGUCUCUAGGGUGCUACUGGACAAUUUUUUAAUUUUUUAUUUAUUUCGACUGUGUCAAACCAACACUGCUACCUACCUAAAUCUGCCUUUUUUAUGUUCCCGAAUACUUUCCCUACCAGCCCAUGGACUAAUUGUACUAGAUGUACCUUGGUUGUUCUGACGUCUGCAUUUGUGCAAGCAUAUUUUUAAAGCUAACAUUCAUGUCAUAUUUUGGAUGUGCUGUAGGUAGAGAUAGAGGCAAGUUGUUUAUGAAUGGAGCCCAUCCCUCUCCUAGCUUGAAAACAAUUCUGUACCAGCUUCUUGUCCUCACCUGUAGUCUCCCUGCUGCCCAUAUUGACCCACUUUUUUGGUGAACCAUGGAGAGUGCUGGAGAAACACCAACACAACACCUUGAUGACUACCUCCACAUGUUCUCUGUUGGCCUUGAAUGGCAUGGAAGGGAAAGCAAUUCAGUUCUCUGGUUAUGGCACAUGCUGUUUGUCCUACAGUAAGGUGAUACAUAUCCAUUACUUCUGGUGGAAGCAGGAAGAAGAAGAAGAGUUUGGAUUUGAUAUCCCGCUUUAUCACUACCCAAAGGAGUAUCAAAGUGGCUAACAUUCUCCUUUCCCUUCCUCCCUCACAACAAACACUCUGUGAGGUGAGUGGGGCUGAGAGACUUCAGAGAAGUGUGACUGGCCCAAGGUCACCCAGCAGCUGCAUGUGGAGGAGCGGAGACGCGAACCUGGUUCCCCAGAUUACGAGUCCACUGCUCUUAACCACUACACCACACUGGCAGGUGUUUGUGUGUCAAGCUCCCCAGAGUCCAGUAUUUUUCUCAAGCCUCCUGCCUGCAAGACCAUUUUAUUUAGUCUGUGUUUUGGCAACUGAGCUUAUUCAUAGGAAUGUUGGUUUCUUAGCCUGUUUGUGGCAGUAGGUAUACAGGAUUUCAGUGGGUAGCAGAAAUACCAAAGUUGCAGCAUAGGGCAUUUGAAUUUGAAUGUCUUUAAAACCAUCACAUUUGCAGGUACAUAAUCAGAACAUGAUAAAUAAACAUGAGGAACUAGGAAAGAGGAAUUUUUUAAAAGAAAGGGACCAUGACUUAAUAUACCAUUAUAGGUAAAGGUACCCCUGACCAUUAGGUCCAGUUGUGGACGACUCUGGGGUUGCGGCACUCAUCUCGCUUUACAGGCCGAGGGAGCCGGCGUACAGCUUCCGGGUCAUGUGGCCAGCAUGACUAAGCCGCUUCUGGUGAACCAGAGCAGCACACGGAAACACCGUUUACCUUCCCGCCAGAGCGGUACCUAUUUAUCUACUUGCACUUUGACGUGCUUUCGAACUGCUAGGUUGGCAGGAGCAGGGACCGAGCAACGGGAGCUCAUCCCGUCGUGGGGAUUCGAACCGCCAACCUGCUGAUCGGCAAGCCCUAGGCUCUGUGGUUUAACCCACAGCACCACCCGCAUCCCUCUAUUCCAUUAUAAGCUUGCAUAAAUAAAUCAGCCUAAGAAUGUACCGUAUUUUUCCAUGUAUAAGACGAUGUUUUUUGCUAAAAAAAUAAUUAGGCAAAAAUUGGGUGUCGUCUUACACAUGAAUAGUGAAUGCAGAGCGGGGAUGUGCAAUUAAUGGCUGCAGCAAACAGGAGAUUGGCAGCGGCGAUUGGGUGGGUGAUUGGUGGCUGCGGCAAGGCCUGCUGGCGAUUGGCUGUGGCUGCAGCAAUUGGGCAGGCGAUUGGCAGCUGUGACAAGGCAGGCAGGUGAUUGGUGGCUGUGGCAAGUAGGUGGGUGGGUGGGCUGUUGGCGGCGGCGAGCAGGCAGACAAUUGGCGCCUGCGGCGAGGUGUGUGAUCAGCAGUGGUGGGCAGGUGGGUGAGCAAUUGGCAGAAGUGACUCCCCCACCCCAACCCCCAAAAGCUGAACAACUUAAUUUGGGGUUAAAAAAGUAGAGGUCGCUUUAUAUAUGGGGGGUCACUUACAUGGAAAAAUAUGGUUGCCUGAUGAACAGCUAAUUGGGGUAAUAGACUUUGGUUUUGAUGAUUUGGGACCUGAUAGAGUAGGGAUUGGGAAGCUUUUUGGCUCCAGGGGCCAGAUCCCUAUUGGGGUUGCCCUUGCAGGCCCAAUUUCACAGGUGGGCGGGCAGGCAGCUACAUCAUUUUGAUGGCAUAUGAUUGGUAGGUGAGCAGGGCUGCCCACCUUACAAAAUCUCUCACGUGAUGUUGAAAGUCUUCCCACACCUUCCCCUUAAAACUUACAUGUGUCUUAAAGCUGCAAAUCACUUUCUGAAGUAGUCUCUACCCCACUGCUUGUUUGAGAGAAGCCUUUUCAUGAUGCUGAUUUAGGGUGUUGGUGUGCAUCGCCUCCAACUUGUGUUUGGCAGUGAAUCCAAAAUGUGUGUCAAAGGUAGCUGUUAUGUGGCAUAUAGAAGAAGAAGAAGAAGAAGAGUUUGGAUUUGAUAUCCCGCCUUUCACUCCCUUUAAGGAGUCUCAAAGCGGCUAACAAUCUCCUUUCCCUUCCUCCCCCACAACAAACACUCUGUGAGGUGAGUGGGGCUGAGAGACUUCAAAGAAGUGUGACUGGCCCAAGGUCACCCAGCAGCUGCAUGUGGAAGAGCGGGGAAUCGAACCCGGUUCCCCAGAUUACGAGUCCGCCGCUCUUAACCACUACACCACACUGGCUCUCACCAUACAUAUAGAUGUAUUUCUCUGUUCCUCUGCUAACUCCAUUAUUCACAAAGAUCUGUAAGGUAAAAAUUACAGUUCUGCUAUGUUUUGGUUCAUGCUGUCCAAUAUAAAUUCAGCUACAUCCAAUAAUAAGCAUCUUGCUUCAUGACUUGAAGACUCUCAGAUUAUGUGUGUGUUGGAUUUAUCACUUCAUUCUUUUAAGAGUCAAUAUUCCAUUUCAAAACAGCAUUCCUCCUACGUUUGUAAGAGCUGAUGGAUCUCAUUCUCACUGCUUUACAGGAGUUUGGGGUGGGGUGCAGAUGGCAAGCAGGGUUAAGUCCACCAAGACCUGCAUGAGUCAUCAGCUGUGGGAUGCCAGAGAUCCUUGAAAAAAGGUUUCUGGGACCCUGUCAUUAGAAAUGGGGGCGGGGUGUGUGUCUGCUAGUCUAGUUCUUCCCUGUAGGAUGGUAAGGGGGGUAUGUGAGAGAUUUAGAGACAGUGCAUCUUGGGCAUGGUGUGGAGGAGGAAGGGGAGUUUGGAUUUGAUACCCCGCCUUUCACUCCCUUUAAGGAGUCUCAAAGCGGCUAACAUUCUCCUUUCCCUUCCUCCCCCACAACAAACACUCUGUGAGGUGAGUGGGGCUGAGGGACUUCAAAGAAGUGUGACUAGCCCAAGGUCACCCAGCAGCUGCAUGUGGAGGAGCAGGGAAUCGAACCCGGUUCCCCAGAUUAGGAGUCUACCGCUCUUAACCACUACACCACACUGGCUCAAAAUCUUUUAAACCAGUACCAAGAUACUGGAAACAGUGGCCUGCACUGGGUCUUAAUACAAAAAAACCGUAAUUCCUACAAGAAGCAAUCGAAAUAUUAGGUCUUUCUAAUGAUAUUAGGUCUUUCUAAUGAUAAACUUAAAGCAACCUUUCUCAUUUUUCAUCAUUCACCUCAUCAAACAUAUGUUGUCUGGGUCAAUAAAAUAGUGAAUGUGAAGGUCACCCAAUGAGGGGUGUAUCCCACAGCUGUGUGUACUUUAGUCUCACAUGGCUAUUGGGAGAGGCAGGCCCUGAAUUCUAACCCAUUUGACUUUUUUCUCACCAUCCUGCCCUCUCCAAACCUCUCAGUGGUGUGAAGAGUCCGAAGAACCCAAGCAACUUGGGUUUGGAUGCUGGUCGCAGGCUUGUGAGAGAAAUGGGAAUAUUACUUCAUCACUGUUUCCCUAGAAGUCUUUGCACUAAGCUAAACCCAAUCUGCACUUAAUCUUUUACCAGUUUGCUGUACAUGCAAUUCAUGGGGGCAUAUUUGCCCAUGCAACUUCUCCCGAGUACAAUUUUUCCAUCUGUCUAUACAUAUACAAAAUGGAAUGGAGGGGGGCAGUGCUUUCUUAAGCUUCCCAUUUUAGAGCUUGGGGGGGGAUUGUUGCUAGUCCCUCUGAAUGGAACAGUUUUCCAAUUUCCUUUGGUUGAAUAAACUGAUGUUUUGCUAGUAUUCUGGGCCAGCUGUUCAACAUGACAAAUUCUGGGAAAUGUGGCAAGAUAUUUUUUGUACCACUAUAGAUCGUGUGGCAGGAGUGUUCCAAAGUAUGCUCUGAACAUUGGUGUAAAAAAACAUAGUUACCAUGGUGUAGAAAUCUGCUGUGUUAAUGAAUUCCUAGUAAUCUUAACUAAUCUUCCUGAUGGAAGGAAGGAUUUAAAUCCCUACUUCCUUAGCAGCAUAAGCACUGUAACACCAAUCUGUAAAUAACAGAAGCUGCUAUGGGUUUUAUAGGGCAAGAGGCUGAACUUUGCCUUGCUUUUACAUAAAAGUUCGUUUGGGCAUCAGUUUUUAUGUGUCACUGGUAAACAAUAGCUGGUGAUAUUAGCUUGGAUGUACACUUUGUGUACAGUUGUGCAAUUGUGCAAUUGUGACAAGCAUGUUUCACUAUACACAGGAAAGAUGGUGUGCUUGUUAAUGGUUGUGAUUUACUAGACAAACCAUGGCUGAGAUGUUUUUUGUUUUUAUGGAUUUUUUGUUUUUAAAUUGUCAGCAGAAUGAGUGCUUAAGCAUAAAAGGGUUCUAUGUCAGAUGUAAAGAAAGCUGAGGGUUACAGCUUAUACAGUGGUACCUCGGGUUAAAUACGCUUCAGGUUACAGACUCCGCUAACCCAGAAAUAAUACCUUGGGUUAAGAACUUUAGUGAGCCAUUUCUGCAAAAACAUAAACAAGGGCAAGAAACUUUCCCCCCAGUAAAAGACAGGAUUCUCAAUAUUGUAACAGGAAUCUGAAGGCCAUACCAGUAUUUUAGGGACCUCUUCUUUCAGGUAUUGUUGUAUCUGCAUUCAGUCCCGUGAAUUGUUAUUUCCAUUUUACAUACAGUAGAAGGAGCUUCUUGCCAGAGAUCAUCCAGUGGGCAAGGUUAUGGCUCCUCUCCAGGAAAUGGUAACUUAGUGAAGCUGUUGCAAAUAUCUAGCCCCUCACUCCAGAAAUGCAUUCCCCAGAGAAGCAAAUAAAAAAAAGACUAUACAGUCAUACCUCAUGUUCCGGACACUUCAGGUUACGGACCACGGGAAACCCGGAAGUACCAGAACGGGUUACUUCUGGGUUUCUGCGCAGAAGCGCUAAAUUGCGCUUUGCGCAGAAGCUCCAAAUCGCGCCAGCUCCUGCGCAGAGGCUUCAGGAUGCGAACACUGCGGGUUGCGGACGUGCCUCCGUCACAGAUUACAUCCGCAACCUGAGGUUCCACUGUACCCUUAAACUGGUUUUAUCAUGUAUGUACCCAGAGACUCCCUUGUGGAGUUAAUAUUUCUAUCUAUAUCUAGUUCUAAGCCUAAACUUCGUAGUAGGAAUAGACAAAUCAUUCUGUUUCCAGUCCAGGUCACUUUCACCUCUAUAAAUCUGCACCUGGACGUGCACAUAUUACACCUCUGCUGGGGGAACUGCACUGGCUGCCAAACAGCUACCAGACCAUGGUCAAGGUUUUGUUGUUAGCCCUGAACAUUUUGGAACCAGGUUACCUGAAAGACUGUACAGUAUAUGCCCCUGUAUAGACAUGUAAGAUCAUGUGGAUCAUCUGGGGAAAUUCUACUUGUGGCACUGCACCCUACAGAGUAUCGUAGGACAAUGACCCCCAAAAUGCUUUUCUGCUGUUGCACCUGUUCUGUCGAAUGCCUUUUCCUCUGCUGUAAAUGAAACAGCAACCCUCAGUUGCCUCAGAAACCUUUUAAAGGCUUAUAUUUUUGUCCAUGCUUUCCUUGGCCCAUAAGAUUAGAUCCUGAUUUUUGUGCAUGAAUCACCUGGAUUUCUGAUUUACCUUUUUAUGUUUUGUAUUGUUUUACUGUUAUUGGGGGUGUAUUUUUGUUGAAAUGGAUAAAGUUUUUAUAUUGUGCAUAGUGUAGACCACUUAAAAUUUGUAAAGAUAUUAAUCUAUUAAUGCUUCAAAAAAAUACAUAUUUUUGAGUACAUAUUUUAAAACUUUUUCUUUCAAAAUACACAUUUCUACAAGCAUUUAGAAAUACACACACACACACAUAUAUAUAUAGCACUGAAAGAUUCAGACAUGCAAAAUCCAAGUGAUAGCUAUGGCCUCAAUCACGCAUUAGUCUAGGACAGAGGUCGGCAACCUAAGGCCCAUGGGGUGGAAGCGGCCCAUGAGGGUCACUUAACUGGCCCAUGAGCUGCCACUGAGCAGCCCGCUUGGCAAGCCCUCGCACACUGUGCUAAACUGGCACAGGGACUCUCUUCCAUGGCUCCGGAAAUAGCUUCUAUGCAUGCCCAGACACCGGAAAUCACGUCUGUGCAUGUCCGCAGCGCCGAAAAUCUCUUCUGCGCAGGCAUGAUUUUCGGCAUCUGGGCAUGUGCAGAAGCGAUUUCCAGCACUGUGGACAUGCGCAGACGCGAUUUCCAGCAUUGCGCUGCACCAGUCCAGCUCACGGAGGAACUCCGCGGGAGUGAUCCAGCCCAUCCCCGGUAAGCCUUGCCGACCCCUGAUCUAGGAAGUGUGGGUUGGAUCUGUUUGUAUUGGAAUUCACAAAUGCUGAAUUCUGGUUUCACAGGCUCUAGGAUUUAAGCCCUUAUUUUUACAAGACUUUAUCCAAACUUAUUCAAAGGUAGACCCUUGCUCUAAACAUUUAGUUUGGAAUACAACUGACCACUCAGUCUUGCUGCUGGCUCCCUUUUUCUUUUAUUAAACUCAUCAUUGCUGAAUCUUGAUUUGAAGGGGAUCCGUAUCACAGAGCUACCAGAAAAGGCCAGUUGCAGUCUGGGAAUAAGCCAUGCAGACUCCUCAGUCAGCUCUCUUCAUUUGCCAUCACGAGGCAGUCUAAAUUUCUGUGUUGCUUUUUGAGGGGCUUCAAAGGGUAGUUCCCCAAACGCACGUAACUGAGGAGAACAUAUCCAGAAUAAGACCAUGGUUGUUUGAUGUUGGAUAUGAUCACUGCAGAAUUUAAAUGGAUUAGCUGUGGACCUCUGGCUGAUAAGACUUCUGAGGAUUUUGGUGCCGAACUAAUUGUGAAUCUGAAGUGGAAUCUCAGCAGACCCAUUGUUUUUAAAAGGCAAAUCCUGGAGAGGGAGAGUGGAUUUUCCCUAGUUAUCUUCUCCCAAUCUACAGUUUUUGUUAUUAUACUUCAGUGAGUUGAAGCUGUUUCAAACUCUUGUUAGUAAAGUUAGCCUUCAUUGGGUAGGGAGAGGCUUACAGCUUAUGUAAGGGAUAUUGUGAUGACUCUCCUAGAGUGGCAUCUCUGUGAGGCAUGUGAUCCUGUACAGACUCCCACCCCCACCCCCCAGAAAAGGACUACCCAGUCUGAGCUAUAACCAAUGAUGUAGUAAUGCUUCAGAUCAGUAGCUGUUUGAGGACAGGAGCAUAGUUCUCUUUCGAUUUGUGAAAGUCCUUAUCUAAACUUUAGAGGCAGGUGGCAUUCACUCUCUGGGGUCAAAAGCAAAAGGCUGGCUGACCUGCUGUUAGGACAACAGCUAGUUUGCCUCUUUAGACAUAGAGAGAUAUUGUUCAGUGAUUAUAAUUGUUUACACUUCCUUUAAAUCCAAAUUGUUGUUCCUGCAAGAGCUGUGGAUGGAAGUAGAACAAUUCUUCAUAUAAACCUAAAUUCUCCAAACUGGUACCCUGUUGAACUCGGGAACACCCACCAGCCACAAUCAGCAUGGCCAAUGGUUAUAGAUGAUACAUUAGUAAUGUCUGCCACACAGCCUGAUCAAAUACCUCUUAUAAGGAUCGCUGGCUAGACUGAGGAUUAUACAUGAAGAGUAGGUACACACACACUCUUUCUCAUAUUUUGUCUCUCUCAGUUAAGAUCUUGGAAAUAAUUUUUGGUUUUAAUGUCCUGAUAUGCUCUAUGGAUUUGUUCAGUCGCCAAAUAUGGAUAAUCAUAACAAUUCUUAACAAAAACCAUUUUCUUGUAGUGAUGUCCUUGCCCUGCCCAUCUUUAAGCAAGAAGAAUCCAGCUUGCCUCCUGACAAUGAGAACAAAAUCCUACCUUUUCAGUAUGUCUUAUGUGCUGCCACUUCCCCUGCUGUGAAACUCCAUGAUGAAACUCUCACCUAUCUCAAUCAAGGUAAGUCACAUUUCUGUUGCCAGAACAUCAGGUGGGGAGUAGGUGCUUUCCCAGUUGUGGCAUUUAUAUUGCUUCCUUGCUGCAUGCCUCUUUUAGCUCACUUUCCAGAGUGCACACUCAAGGCUGCAGCACAAAUUAUUUUAGACUUUCUUGUCUUUUAACCUAUCUGCUGUGCUCUCUUUGGGGGCCGUGAAUAGCUUUCUUCUGAACUCUUGGUUGGAAAUUAGUGUUCUAGUUUUUGCCUAGUGAUUGAAAGUCUGAAACCAAAGGUAGAAAAGAUGCAGACCAAAGUCCAAAUUAUUUAUCUAAUUAAAAUACUUGUAUGCCACGCUUCAGUAAACCACCAGGAUUCAUAUCAUGGGAAUAAACUAUGUAGGUUUUGUCAGUUUAGAACAUUUGAAUUUUGGGGCUGUGUUAGCACAAAUUAAGACCCUGAAUGAAAAUAGCUGAAAUGUUGUGGAAGAUGAAAUGCUACCUCCCUAACAAGUCCUUGUUUCUUUCAGCAGAGAUUAAGUUCUUUAAAAAAAUAAAUUAGGACCAGAUUAAAGUAAAUAGUGUUCCUAACAGAAGCUAGGGCAACAGGGUUUCCCUAUGAGAACCUUCCUGUGCUUGUUGCACCACAGCAGAAAGGUUUAUGGUGAAGGGAUGGAGGGGGAUACAUGGAGUCUGGGGCUACAUGAAAGUGGACUUUGACAAGCACACAUCCUUUCACCCGAAAUGCCUCCCCUCACCCUGGAUAGGGGUGUGUGUAAGUUACCAUGAUGCUUUCUUUUCAGUCAAACUUGUUACACUAUGACCUCAAGAAAAGUGGCAUUUUUUUUUGUAGCAACUUCAGAGAUCUUUUCUUCUUCAGGUCAGUCCUAUGAAAUCAGAAUGCUGGACAACAGGAAAAUGGGGGAAUUGCCUGAGUUAAAUGGAAAGCUUGUAAAGGUGAGUGCCCAUAAUAAUCUAUCCUCUCCUGAAAGCUCUGGGUUGGUGACAAGGUUAAACAUGCUUGUCAGGUAACUAGUGACACCUAUGAACAUAAUUCAGUCAAUCUCUGGUGUCAGCAGUUGGGUAGAGCCACGGUCUAUCCAAGCAGACCCCAGUAGUGUUGGGUUCAUGCCCCUCUAGCUGUGAAAUGAACCUUGAAUGUAAACUGCCUGCACAUGUAAAUGCCAACCUGUGUGUGCUCCAUUCGCACCAUCCAUCAGUUUCAUGGUGGAGAGAUGGUGCAAGGUUACACUUUAGGAAAGCUAAAAUCUUCCAGCUGGCCGCACCAAUUUGCCUAAGCUCAUCUAAAUGUUCCAAGUUCCAGCAUAUGCUGUUUACUCAAUGAGAAAAUCUCCUUAUUAACCUAGAGUAUAUUCAGAGUGGUGUUCCAUGAUCGGCGACUUCAGUAUACAGAGCACCAGCAGCUGGAAGGCUGGCGAUGGAACAGGCCAGGUGAUAGGAUACUGGAUAUUGGUGAGUGACUUCUGCAAACAUGGACUAAUUUGGCUUUGUAGCUUUUUGUAGCAUGGACCUUGGAGGGCAUUGGAAACUGCCACCACUAGAGGUAUAGAGCUCUUUAUUGAUUUUGAGAGUGGUUUCAGUCUCUGCUCAGAGCGUAAUCGUUUGCCAUAGUUUGACUUGGGUGGCUCCAGUUUUUUUUUUUAAUGUUGCCUUCCGAUGUGAACAUAGCUCAGUUCACUUGCUUAUACCACCUUGCGCCUAUUGCUCUGUAAGCACUUUCCUGCACUACACCUGCACUCUGCUUGCGAUACAUGACUAGGAUUAUGUAGUUAAAAGCCCCCACAUUUGGGUAGGCAGUUUUCUGGUCCCUUCUGGCUUCCUACACCUAUGUCAAAUGACUUAACACUUACGUUUUUGCCAGGAGAGAGUGAGCCUCUUACUGUUGGUACAGUGGUAGCUCGGGUUACAUACGCUUCAGGUUACAUACGCUUCAGGUUACAGACUCCGCUAACCCAGAAAUAGUACCUCCGGUUAAGAACUUUGCUUCAGGAUGAGAACAGAAAUCAUGCUCUGGCAGCGCGGCAGUAGCAGGAGGCCCCAUUAGCUAAAGUGGUGCUUCAGGUUAAGAACGGACCUCCGGGACAAAUUAAGUAUGUAGCCAGAGGUACCACUGUACAUUCACUUACUGCCUUAAAUUAUAGUUGACUCUGAGGUGAAACUUUUGGCCCUUUAAAGGUAAAAGUAAAGGACCCCUGACAGUUAAGUCCAGUCACGAACGACUCUGGGGUUGCGGUGCUCAUCUCGCUUUACAGACCGAGGGAGCCAACAUUUGUCCACAGACAGUUGUUCCGGGUCAUGUGGUCAGCAUGACUAAGCAGCUUCAGGUGAACCAGAGCAGCACACAGAAACGCCGUUUACCUUCCCGCCAGAGUGGUACCUAUUUAUCUACUUGCACUUUGACGUGCUUUUGAACUGCUAGGUUGGCAGGAGCUGGGACUGAGCAACGGGAGCUCACCCCCUCACGGGGAUUCAAACUGCCGACCUUUUGAUCGGCAAGCCCUAGGCUCCGUGGUUUAGAGACCACAGCGCCACCCGCCUCCGUAAAUUCCAAGUAUGACUGCUAUUGUGUUGAAGUUUGCUGUCUUUUUACUAUGUUUUUCUAUGUUAUAUAUUUUUUUCCAUAUGGGCACACGAUGUAUGAUUUUAUUAUUAUUCAGGUAACUUUUUUCUGAGCCACCCAAGAGAAGCUCCCUCUAUAUAAGUAUUCGAAGCAACUUCUUUUUCUUGUCAAUUCAUGCAGAUUAUGAGGUUUUUUGUAAUCCCUGCAAGUGUGGAAUUGGGUAUGCAGAGCCUGAGCUAGCUCUCUCUUUUGACAGAAAGAAAUUGUUGUUCUUUAUAGCUGGAAACAUAGGUUUGAAAGUAUGUGGAUCUCAAAAGCAGGCAGAUAUUAGGUGGCACUUCCAGUGCUCAAUACAGGAGGUUUUAAUAGCCUGAAUCUCCUCGCAACUAAACAAAGUGAAUAACAAAAAUUUGCAUAAUUUGUAGGUUUCAGAAUUCUGCUUUUCUUGGUAUAUAAUAUUGGUUUCUGCUUAGAAUCAUAGAAUUGUAGAGUUGGUAGGUUCCUAGAGGGUCUUCUAAUCCAACCCUUUGCAAUGCAGGAAUAUGCUUCAUCAGUUCAUAAGUUUAUUGUUCUAGCCAAAGGCCAUGACAAACAUGCAGCAAUAAUAUUCAUAAAAUAAUACAGAUCAUACAUCCUUAAUAUAAACCAGCAUCUAUGAUGCGUGAGAGAGAAGAUACCAGCAAAGUGUGCAUAAGCCUGUCGUUCUGAAUUCCUAAAUUUUCCUGAAAUAGGUUAGCAGGGCAGUCCAGAAGCAGCUUACAUAGAUAGUGCCUCAGUUUUAUACUGUAACAGGCACGCUGGUACCUGGAUUUUUGCCUUAAUUAAUUAACAUCCUGUCUUCCAUCCUGGAACUCAAGAUAGAAUACAUGGGAUUAACAGUUGGUCUCCCACAUAGGGACUGACCAGACCAAAGCUUGCUUAGAUUCAGUGAUGUUGGUGCAUCGUGUGCCUUCAGACUGUACCCUGAAUUACCCAGUCUUCUAAGCUCUUGGUGCAUUAUUUACUACAUAAGUCCCUUAAAAUUUUGGUGGACUUGCCAUGCCUCUCCUAGCCUCGUUCUAAAGGGUUGGGCUUUUGUCUUCUGCAGAUAUUCCAAUGUCCGUGGGUAUAAUCGAUCCCAGGGCAAACCCCACGCAAUUGAAUACUGUAGAGUUUCUGUGGGAUCCUUCAAAGAGGACUUCUGUAUUUAUUCAGGUAAAUCAAUACUACAUGGGAGGUGUUUCUUAACUGUUCUCUCUGGUUAGGACUGUAGCAAGCAAGAUAGAUUUGAGAUUUGCCGCCAUCAGUUUUGAUGGAUCUCUACUGCCAUAUACCUGAUACAAUCACCCUGUCACUCUUCCAAAUUCAUAUAUUAGAGGAAUAAAAGAGCAGUCCUAUUCUUCUGUGGGGUGUUCCUCUGAAGUCUACUUGGGUCUCCUUCUGCCUUUCUUACUUGGAUCUUCUUGCUCUCAGUGAACCACUGAGUACCAUUACAAAUUCAUAGCUGCCAGGCUCAGAUUUCAAUUGACAUUGUUUUAAGUCUCAGCACUGUGCAGCAGAGACAGUGAAAAAAAGUCAGUUCAUGGGUACCUGGGGAUUCUUCCAGCUCCAGUGAAUGCUGAUGAGAAGCUGUCUGUCUUAGUUACAACUGAGAUGGCUCAACAAAUUGUAAUCUCUACUUGGGAGGCUCACUAUAAUGAACUUUGAGAGCUCUUGAACUAAAGAGUAAUGCUAAUUGCCCUUGACAAGAACAAAGUGGAAUUCUGACUGCCAAAACUGACGGGGAAAGCUACCAUUCAUUUCAUUGCUGCGAGGGUGUUGAACACUGAGGUGCCGGGGAAGGAUUCUGAUUACUGGCUUUAAUUUGGUUUCUGUUCACUUCAACUGUGGUGGGGGCAGGACAAAUGCUGGCAAAGUCGAAAGGGAGCAGACCCCUCCAUCUAGGACGAUGAGUCAACCAGAAUGAGGCCACACAUUCAUUCGAGACUGAUUUCUAGGGAUUUUUUUAUUUGAUCUCUUAUCUGCCUGUUGGAGGAUUAGGUCAAUAUUACGAUUUCACUAAUCCUUGUGGCUUGUUGAGGUAGGUCACUUUUAGAGACAUAGUGCCAAACCUGUGGAGUGCUGAAGGUCACCUGCAAAGUCCAUUAGGAAUGAAUGGUGUGUAUUCAGUCCAUUCUGGACAGCACUGUCUGGUUUUGAUUUUGAAAAAUAAUGUUUGCUGGUAAUCCAGGGGUACACAGUGUAAUGUCCUCUGGAUGUUGUUGGGACUACAGCUCCCUCGACCAUUGGCCAUUCUGGCUGGGACUGAUGGCAGUUGGAGUUCAACAGCAUAUGGAGUGUAUUGGCUACCUCUUAUGUUAAGCCAUAUUUUCUCCCUUCAGAAUAAGACUUUCAGUUGUACUAAGUGGAAGCAUUAGCCUAUUCAAGUAUUAAGGGCAUCUAGGAAAAGGAAAACCCAGGCUGUUUUCCUUGGACCCCACAACAUGCCGUUUCAGCUCUGGGGGCUUGGUGCAGGUUUAAACACUGAUUACAAGAUCAAAAAAUAUUACGAUACUGGGAGAAUAUCCUUCCUCCUUGGGCUUGCUGCUCUUCACUUCUGAUCAAAUUCUCUUCCCUUUUCACUGUAAGCUGUGGUUAGUAGAUAGCUUCUCACUGCAGUUAGUUCAACUUGAUGCAGUUGGUGCUCAGAAGAGGAGAGCAUACACCCAAGGGGGGAGAGGGAGGGGCUCUGCCAUGUGCUCCCAGCGUAGGAGAUCAGCCCUGACCAGGAAAUGCCUGCUGGGUGUGAUUGCAGUUUACAGAUCUUGCUGAGAGAUAACUUGGGAGCGAACAUAAAACUUGGAAUAUAAUUUGAAAAGCAAUCAGUAACUUUGGUUUUCUCCGUAUUCUAGGCUCCCACAGACUGAUCCAUAACCCCUAUUCUCCUCUGCUAGCAUUUUCCAUUGACAAGUUACCUCUUUCUUGCAUGCAUACUUCUGUAGAGAAAUUAUAGAUUUCAAUUGUGCUGAAUUGCAGAGCGCAAUAUCGUUUUGUUGCUUCUUCUGGCCUGGCUGCUGAUGCCCCCUGUCCCCAGUUUGAUUAAAAGCCAGAGAGCAGGAUGUACUCCUUCCUGUGCUUGAGAGCUUUGUUUGCUAUUGGAAAUGGGAGUCCCCAGACUAGCUGGUAUCCUACGCUAUCACUUUCCUGGAGUAAUGGUUAAACUGUUCAUGUGCACCUUUGUUGUACAAGCAGCAAGCCUGCAGCCUGGAGCAUUUCUGUGUCUGUUUUUCUUCACAGGUGCACUGCAUCAGUACAGAGUUCACUAUGAGGAAGCAUGGUGGCGAGAAGGGUGUGCCAUUCCGAGUCCAGAUUGACACUUUUAAGGAGAAUGAGAAUGGGGAAUACACUGAACACUUGCAUUCUGCCAGCUGCCAGAUCAAAGUCUUCAAGGUAUGUGUGUCUUUUAAUCCAUCCAGUGCAUUCCACCUACCCCGUUUACUCAAAUUGUGAAUUAAAACCUGACUUUCUUAGAAGAACUUUAAUGCUGGGGAAUGUAUUAGUAUCCUUACCACCUGCAGCCCUUCACCAGCUGCUCCCAGGCAGGUUACAACAAUUUAAAAUCCAGUAUUAAACACAGUUAAGUCAAAUUAUAAUUGACACAUGUAACUUUAUGAUGUGACAUCUCCAUUUGGUUGCCUCUACUGGAAUGUCUAAUACUACAACCAUCAGCUGAUAUUUUCCUUUCUGAACAACUACUAAGCGCUGUAUUUCCUUCAUGGGUAUGUUUUGUUACUUGAAUUUUUUUUAAAUAAAAAAAUCAAUAAAAAUAUUGAUUUGCAAGACAAAUUACAGUCCCCAGAAUAGGGUGGGUCCUGAAAACAGAUCAGAGUUAAGAGGUGCCUUUAUAGCAUUCACUGAAAGUUGUAUCAUGAAGCUGCCAGAUGCACCUCUGUGGGAGGGAAACCCACAGCUUAGGGGCUGCCACAGAGAAUGUACUCUCUAAGUAGGACUCUGGGGAGGACAUAGUCUUGUCUUCAUAGGCAACAGGCAUAUCCUCCUCCUUUUUUGUUCAAUGGGCCCAUUGUGAGACCUAGCAUUAAGCUAUUGGUGAUAUACACCAGUUAUAUUAUUGUGCUUACCCGAGGCAAAAUAGCACUGGAUAUUUCUGAAGGGAGCUAUUCAGGAAUAAACAGGCCUUGAUGAGGACUUAGUAGUAGAGGAAUGUUUGGGGAAACUAAAACCGCAGUUUAUGCCUGCAUAUGCACAGUGCACAGUAUUAGGAAUAGCUGCACUUAAAAACUGUUUAGUACACUACUUUUCCUUAAAGCAUGUGAAACUGCAUUGGAGCCAAUAUUAAUGUGUUGGAUUGGAGCAGUUGCUUAUGUGGAUGUUUUAGGGCCUAGCUGAUUGGCCAGGUCAUCCUGUAGAAAACUUAUUUACUCCAGGAAAAGCUGAGCCAAAAAUCACUGUAGAGGCAGGAGAACUCUUGCCAACAUCAACCUUUUAUCUCCUCUCCCUCAAAAGUUCCCAUUGGCAUGUGAUACAAGAGCUCCAACUUACAGAUAAUAAAUGUGUGGAAUUAGCCUAAAACAUGUGCAGUAUGUGAUUAUUUCCUACAAGAAAAGUUGUCAUGCUUCCUUCUUUGAGAAACACUGGAAAGGGCUUCAGUCCAUUUUGAAAUUCCAAUCUUCUGAACAUGAUUUCUGAGAGCCAAACUAGACAUGAAAGUGGCAAAUGCAUUUUCCUUUAAAUCCAAGUCUGUCUCAUUCAGUCACACAGAAACAAUUUUUGUGGGGGAAGGGGGACAUGUUGUUUCAGAGCAAAAGCUUUAUGUGCAAAUUAGGGGAGCUGAACUCCACACCAUGUCAACUAUUUUUUGUAGCCUCUUCCCCCAUUCCCCUCACCAAAGCUUCUCUCUGUAGAUUCACUUCUAAUAUUGGAGCUUAGGUGAAGAUACGAUUUCCUGAAGGUGGGCUGCCCCUCAUUUUCUUACAUGUUUUUAUACGUAACUGAACAGACGCCACAAUGAGACUACAGCCAUAACAUCUAGUUUGGCCCAGACUCCCUCAGAACAGCACAAGUAACUUUGAGGAUACCGGAAAGCGAGGCUUUUGUAUAUAAUCCCUGUCCAAAGUGAGCACUUCUGAUUACUGCUACCUAUAGGUAUUCGGGCAGAUUUAUAGGUGUUUUAGCUAGAUAAAAAUCUGCAGGGCUUCAGCAAGAGAAUUCAAAGUGCAAGAGGAGCAGCAGAACAGGUUUUUCAUGUUUGCAUGAAUUUCCAGAAUGAACUUUUAAGCUCUUGUAGGGGAAAUGAGUAUCUCCCAUCCACCAGCUCACUUUUCUCUUUAUGGGUCUGUUGCCAGUCUAGUUCCCUUGCCAGGAUCACUGAGAAACAUUUCAUUUGUACACAUAAAUGUAUUACUAUGUGUGCAUGUAUGUAUUACACACUCACACAUAAACCUAGUGCUGUCCUUAUCAGCUGAAAAAAACUUUGGCUUAGUGCUUCCUUUCCCUACAUCCCAUGUUCUGGUUUCACUAACAUGUUGGUUUCCAGCCCAAAGGAGCCGACAGAAAGCAAAAGACAGACAGAGAGAAAAUGGAGAAGCGAACACCUCAUGAGAAGGAAAAGUAUCAGCCUUCAUAUGAGACUACAAUACUUACAGAGGUAAGGCACGCAAUGUGAGUCGUAGUAUCUAGAACCUCUGUUUUUGAACAAAACCAUUUAAAAGGCUGGUGCAGGUGGGUGGGCUGGCUUGCUUACAGGUAAUAUACUUGCAAAAGUUCACUCGGAAACCCAAGUGUUAGAAUGUUUGCACCAAGGUACAAGACAUGGCAAAGGUGUGAUUGAAUGACGUUGUCUGGCCAAAGUAAUGGACACUUGCUCAGAGUCAUUGUUGUCCAGCAAGUGCCAAACGAUGCAAGAGUACGUGCUAAUACCUUGGAAUAGUUUCUGUUCCUGGUCCUGUGGCCUCUGGCACAUGAUUCUGGUCACGUUUGUUUAAACAGCAACAAAACCAAAGCUGCAGCUCUAUGGGUUUCUGUGUGGUCGAUGUCACAAAUAAAUAAAAGUGGGUGGUAGCUGUGCAUGUAAUGUUGACACUGCUGCAACAUGCUCCAGGCCAUCAAUCCCUGGUGUGCAGGUGUUACAUAUAUAAAUACCAGCAAUUCACUUUUAACCUGACAAGUACCGUAUUUUUCGCUCUAUAAGACACACUUUUUCCCUCCUAAAAAGUAAGGGGAAAUGUGUGUGCAUCUUAUGGAGCGAAUUCAGGCUGCACAGCUAUCCCAGAAGCCAGAACAGCUAGAGGGAGAGCUGCGCAGCACUCCCUCUAGCUGUUCUAGUUUCUGGCUUAGUCACGUGAAGCCUCUGCAGGGCACGGGGAGCCUUCAUUCUCAUGACCUGCAGAGGCUUCACGGGGCUAUCCCAAAGCCAGAACAGCUUGAGGGAGCGCUGCGCAGCGCUCCCUCUAGCUGUUCUAGCUUCGUGCGAAGCCUCCGCAAGGAGAAAAGCCCGCAGGAGCCACACACCCUUUAAAGAGCGCAUGGCUUUUGUGGGAGGUGGGGGAAGGGACAGAGGGCAGCCCCUCAGUCCCUUCCCCCACCUCCUGGAAAAGCCCCAAAGAGCCGCACUCCCUCUCACUAGCCACGUGGAGCAUGCGGGCUUUUCAGUGAUGGGCUGCCCUUUUCCCUCCUGGGGAAAAGCCUGCAAGCGCCGCACACACGCUCCACGCGACUCAUGAAAGGGAGCGCUGAGCAGAGCCUGGGAUGCAUACAGCGCUCCCUUUAAAAAUAUAUUUUUUCUUGCAUUCCCCUUCUAAAAACUGGGUGUGUCUAAUGGAGCGAAAAAUACGGUAUAUGAAGCACCACAUGAGUAAGGUUUUUGUUGCACACCUGACCUCAUGGCUCCAAGUCACUAAUGGAUAUGAAUCCAUGCACCAUGAGUAAGGAUGAGUUGAAAGUGUGUUGGAAAAAUACCACUUUUAAAUCAUCCCAACUCAUACAGUAUGUGACUCUAGCUGCAAAGGUUGUUCUUCCAAAUAUAGCAGCUUCAAAUGUAUGAUCUUCAUAGAAACAAAACAAAUUCAGUUGGGUUCUUCUUAAUUCCUCACGAAUGGCUAGGAUUAUAGAGGAGCAGUGAGCUUUAACAUUUGACUACUUUUCUGAAUAAACGUCUCCUGUAGCAUUCAAGAAACAAUCAUUUUAGUCAGGGCUGUGCGUGUGUUGUGGCUUCAACCUAGAAUAAACAACUACACUAUGUAAACACUUACAGUUGUGCUCAAAGAAACAAGGUGUGCUUUUUUUUUUUGCUUAUCAAGGACUGAAGCAGUAAAGGAAAUGGAGGUUUUACUUUAUUUGACACAUGGAGAAAGAAGGAAGGAUGGAUUUCUUGUGUCCUACCCACUCACUACUGAAAGAUUUGCUCUAGUGUAUUUUAGCUGGCUGCGACAUCUCUUCCACAUGUUCUUACAUGAUUCCAGGUGAUUUUCCACAAGCACAGAGGCUAAAAUCCUUGACAUGCUACAGGAAAUACAUGGCAUGCGUGCUUUCUUCCACAGGAAGCAGUUUUGAGGUUCGGGACCACAAUGCUUGUGAAUAUCUCACCAUUGGAUUUUCUCUUCCAGUGUUCUCCAUGGCCUGAGAUCACAUAUGUCAAUAAUGUGCCAUCCCCAGGCUUCAGCAGCUCCCACAGCAGUUUCUCCAUUAGCGAAGGGUAAGUCUGGGCAUUGAAUUUUUUUCUGGCUUUUGCCCAUUUACCUUUCCUAAUACAUUUUUGGUCACUUACCUGCAUCAGUAGCCUGUAGGAUUGCAAGUUGACAGAGCAAAUUAAUGACAUGUUUUCAUCUUGUGCCUUUUCAUGUUAAAAUAGGGGGAAAGUGGCUUCUGAGAAAACUGUGACAAGAAAGGGAGAUUGCUAAUUCUCUCUCUCUCCUGCUGUACUGCUUUGUAGAAAGGCAAAGAGCUUCAACCCCUCUGCUGAACACCCCUGCAUUCCUUCUUCCUCUUGAGUACAAAUUCCACCUUCCCUUUCUCCAUUCUCUGGCCAGCAAAGGCUGAGCAUGCUAUAGCUAUAGAUCAGCUUUGGGAAACCCUUGGCCCUCUAGAUGAUGCAAAUGUUUGAUGUUUUAGUAUGUUUUAUAUAUGCUGUAACCUGCCUGGAGUGGCUGGGGAAACCCAGCCAGAUGGGCAGAGUAUAAAUAAAAUCAUCAUCAUCAUCAUCUCGCAUCGGCCCCAGUAAGCAUGGCCAGUGGCAACAUCUGGAGGGCCAAAGGUUCCCAAUUGCAUGCUGUAGCUGUUAUGAACUAAGCAGGGGGUUGGAUUAGAUUACCUACAAAGGUCCCUUUCCAAAUCUAUGAAAAACCAAAGCAAACCACCCUGAUUGAAGGGUUGCAUCUCCAUCACCUUCAACUAUUUUUAACCCUAACAUGGCUUCCAUCUUAAAAGUGGAUCCAAAGUUAAUUUAGUGUCGCUGUACCACUGUUCAAGCCAGUGAAAGACUUUGUUCUCAAAGGAAGAUCGGGAGGAGAACUGCAGGGUCCCUUGGCCUGUCUCUGGUCCCCUUCACCAUGGUUAAAAGAUAGGCUUUGCUGAGUCCACAGAAGCCCUUUGAUUAAAUAUGCUAGAGCAGGGGUGGCCAGCUCCCAAGAGACUGCAAUCUACUCACAGAGUUAAAAACUGGCAAUGAUCUACCCCCUUUUUUGGGGUUCGGGUCAAAGUUGUUGAGUUUUUUCAGGUAAAAUGUUGAGCUUUUUUUAGGGGAGCCACAGUUGUUCAGUUUCUUUAGGGGGAGCCAGUGAUCUACCGCAGACAUCUAGUGAUCUACCAGUAGAUCACGAUCUACCUGUUGGACAUGCCUGUGCUAGAGGAACAGUUCAAAUCACAGCUGAUUUGAAGACAAGCAAAGGAAAGCAAAGACCAACUUCCUUCUUCAUUUCUUCUUUUAAAAAUAGAAACGGGUCUCCAAAUCACCAGCCUGAACCUCCUGCUCCCAUUACAGAUGUAAGUCUCAUUCAUAUUUUGUGUUUCAUUCCUCUAAUGUCAGACAGUGGGGUUGUCUCUGAGUUGGCAGGCUAACACUUCAGGGGACUGAAUGUGUGGCUAGCUUUGAGAAGGUAGUUCUUUCAGUCUGUUGUAUUAGGUCAUCUUGUAUAUUUGCAUUGUGUUAACUUUUUAUUUUAUUCCCUUUGUUUUACACUAUUGACGUUAUAUCGUAAGCUGCCUUAGGAUCAGGAAACUCAUGAGGGCUGGGCCAGAAACUGAAUUAAUAAGAAUGACCUACUGUCGGUGCAAAAGACUGUAGGUCAUAUGUUGCAAGUCGUGUAAGUUGUCUGUGCUGCUCUUGCAAGGAUGCAUCAGGUUUCCCUCCCUCUCUCAUAGAACCUCCUGCAGACAUCCACACCUCAGGAAGCUCAGCAGUGGCUGAUCCGGAACCGCUUCUCAACUUUCACACGGCUUUUCACCAACUUCUCAGGUAGUGGCAAAAACCUCUCCCCGCUCUGCGACAUCACAAGGGGGCUUCAGCAUUUGGAAUCCAUCAACUUUCUUGUUGAUUCCUCAGACAGUUUAUUCUGCCCUCAAGCAAGCUUCUUAGAAGCAUCUUCUGGGGGUUGUGAGCUCUUUGACCUGUGGAUCUUCUAUUCUGUCCAUUUCCCCCUGCCACCAUGACCGUAGGAACACCUCUUUACAGUUUGCCAGUGCUAAUGGAAGCCAAAACCAGCUCUAGCCUCUUUGAAUGGACUAAAGUGUACUGUUUAAGUUGUGUGUGAGUGUGUUGCCUUAAUGAAAUCCGCCACCAUGUAAACCUCACUAGAUUUAUCUAAAUCAUGCACCUCCUUUAUCCUUUAAAAAACAAUAUGCAAGUGGGCUAUCUAGGGCCUCUUUCCUUCCUCAGUGAUGAGAGCCCUGCCUUAAAAGCAGCAGCAGACACCCUAGAUAUGUGUUCACUGAAUUUGAAACUCAGACGUCUCUUUCAUUAAGUGGUAUUAUGUAGAAGGAUUUCUGUGGAAAUACGAAGUCUUCUAUGUUGAAACAUAUAUUUGCUGCCUCCCAACUGUCUUUCUUUUUUUCAAUCCUAGGGGCAGAUUUAUUGAAAUUAACCAGGGAAGAUGUCAUCCAGAUAUGUGGCCCUGCAGAUGGCAUCAGACUUUUCAAUGCUUUGAAGGGACGGUAUGCAUCAUCUAGACUUCCUUUUAAAUGGUUUGGGCUUUUAAUGUGCUGUAUUAAUGUGCGGAAUUUCUGCUUUUCCAGUUUAGGAUUUCCAUAUUUUGUACAGUGGUGCCUCGCAAGACGGAAAACCCGCUAGACGAAAGGGUUUUCCGUUUUGGAGGUGCUUCGCAAAACGAAUUUCCUAUGGGCUUGCUUCGCAAGACGAAAAUGUCUUGCGAGUUCCUGCGGGGUUUUCCCCCCCCCCUUUCCCCAAGCCGCUAAGCCGCUUAUCAGCUAAUCCGCUAAGCCGCUUAACAGCUGAUCGCUAAGCCGCUUAUCAGCUGACCCGCUAAGCUGCUUAACAGCUGAUCCGUUAAGCCACUUAUCAGCUGACCCGCUAAGCUGCUUAACAGCUGAUCCGUUAAGCCACUAAGCCGCUUAUCAGCCGCUAAGCCGCUUAACAGCUGAUCACUAAGCCUCUUAUCAGCUGAUCGGCUAAGCUGCUUAACAGCUGAUCCGUUAAGCCACUAAGCCGCUUAUCAGCUGAUCCGCUAAGCCGCUUAACAGCUGAUCGCUAAGCCGCUUAUCAGCUGAUCCGUUAAGCCGCUUAACAGCUGAUCGCUAAGCCGCUUAUCAGCUGAUCCGCUAAGCCGCUAAUACUGUAGCGCUAAUCCGCUAAACCGCUAAUGGGCUUGCUUCGCAAGACGAAAAAACCCGCAAGACGAAGAGACUCGCGGAACGGAUACUUUUCGUCUUGCGAGGCACCACUGUAUUUUGUUUUGGCACUUGAAAACCAGGUGGCAUGUAGUGCUUCCUUUGGUCUGCCCUGAAUAUCCCACCUUUCAGCUUUAUUGAAUGACCCUAGUAUUACAAGACAGAGAAAGGCUUCUCUGUAUACAUACAAUGCAGUUUUAGAUACUUAAAUCAUGUUCCCUCCUUACUCACCUUUUUUCUAAACCAAAAAAGCUCCCUAUGUUUCCUGUUAGAACUGCUCUGGUCCCCUGACCAUAUUAGUUGCUCUUAACUGUACUUUCCCUUCCCUGGCAGUCCCGUUUGUUCUUCUUAGACGUGGGACAGGCACCAUGCUGUAUCGCUCCUCCCAACCCACCCCCUUUCAUGCUUGCAAUUUCUUGCUGCCUAUGGCUACCAGGCUCAUCCUUAAUAUACAGCUUAUGCCUCAGUAAGACAGAUGGGAACUUCGGACACUGUAGGGGUAUCCUGUAAUAAGAUCAGAUGAGUUAAGGACAGACUGAUACAAAGCAGAUACCUGGUUUCUUGGGCACCUAGGAAUAUGAAGUAUAUAUUGCACAUAGUACAAGACUGGAACUUGACUAGAAACAUCUUUGCUUCCUUUUAAGGUGGUUUGGAUAUGGAUGGAUGAGAGCACUUCCGUGGCUCCUUCAUUAAAUAAGUCUCGCUUCAUUAUUUCCUUUGUGAAAUAGAUAUGCAAUUGUUUGAUUCUGAUCUUUCCUCCUGCCCCCUUUGAGCUGGAGAGGGCUUAACAUGCUCUGCUGUUUCUUGAGUGAUUGUUAGCUGGUCCCUCAAGUAAAGAAAGCAAAUGUUGGCCAGCUCCCAAAUCCACAACAGUUAGGCUUCUGGCAAAGGUCAGCAAAAGGUGCUGUGCUAAUAGCAAAUCAUACCAUGGAGUUAAUGGACCAAUUCUGAUUGUUCAGAUAGUAGUGUUUGGGGGUGGGAUGCAGUGGGUGAGACGUAGAGUUGCCCUGCUAAGGCAAAAGCUCCCCUUUCUGCAAACAUUUUGUAUAUUUUUUAAGGUGUUCUCUGGCUCCCUUUUCUUUCUGUACCAUGUAGCCUGUGUGGAAACUUCUUUCCUCUUUUCUGUCCCCUCUUAGUGCACAUGCUCUUUCCUGUUCACCAGCACAAGCCAGCACCCACCUCUUUUUAUUUCUCUGACCUCCACUCUUUCUUUCUACCCAACUGAAGAAAAUGCUAUCUGCACUGCAACAGGCCUCUCUGCACCACAGCUCAGUGCCUAUCCGUCCUCAGCCACCCUUCUGCAACAGCAUACAUGGGUUUCACUUCCCCAAGCAAAGUCCCUCUGGAUUGGGCAGUCUGGCCGGUUGCAACAGACUGGAAAAAAUGGCGCCAUCUCCACUGUGCAUCUCUGAUUCCAGUGAGGAGCAGGGCACAAUAUAGAUGAAAUUGUCUUCUUUCUCCCUGCCCCCUUUUGUGGGUUUUUGUAUGGUCCUAUGCUUUUUGAUGGGACGCAGGUGGCGCUGUGGGUUAAACCACAGAGCCUAGGACUUGCUGAUCAGAAGGUCAGUGGUUCGAAUCCCCACAAUGGGGUCAGCUCCCGUUGCUCGGUCCCAGCUCCUGCCAACCUAGCAGUUCAAAAGCACGUCAAAGUGCAAGUAGAUAAAUAGGUACCACUCUGGUGGGAAGGUAAACGGCAUUUCCGUGCACUGCUCUGGUUCGCCAGAAGCGGCUUAGUCAUGCUGGCCACAUGACCCGGAAGCUGUACAUCGGCUCCCUCGGCCAAUAAAGCGAGAUGAGCGCCGCAACCCCAGAGUCGGUCACGACCGGACCUAAUGGUCAGGGGUCCUUUAUGCUUUUUGAUGGGAGUGGAGCAGGCAUGCGUUCUCCACCAGUGGGAAGUUGGAACAGACCUAGGAGGUCUGUAACAUGGCCUUUCCCCCCCUACAUGUCCAAAUUGGCCAAGCAUAGUUGUGAAACAUUUUACCAACUUGUGAGUGCUGUUGCAGUGCUUCUUAAUCAAAUUAUUCCUCUCUUUCCUUUACUCUUCGUGGCCCUAUCCUUAAAACAUUCCCUGAUAACUCUGGAGUGCUCAUGUCUUAUUUUCUCCCAAGGAUGGUACGGCCAAGACUGACCAUCUACGUCUGCCAGGAGUCGCAGCAACUGAGGGAGCAGCAGAAGCAUGAAGAUGGGGAUGCAGCCAACAAUACUUUCUAUGGUGAGAACUUCAGGAAAGAAGCCUACGUGCCUCUUUUGACUGAUGGACACACAGGUUCUUGCAAUGGCAGUACUUACUUCUGUUCCAGGAAAUGCUGUGGUAGCUCUAAAUAAGUAGGGGUACAAUCUUCAGUCCAGCCUUCCCCAUUCUGGUGCCCUCCUGAUGAUGAUAAACUUGUAGGCAUCGUGGAAAUGUCCAUGACGUGUUUCUUAGGCAGCAGAUUCUGCUGGAAGAAGUGGAUUAUAAGACUUGCUCAAGCAAGCUUUAGUGGCCAGAAAAGAGUGUGGAUUUAUUUUUAAUCUUACGGAGAAUACUGUACAGCUGAAUAUGUUGUUGAUUGCCUCAGAGUGUUAGGAGGAUGAGGUAGGUUAAUAUAAAUAUAUAAGGGAAAACAGCACUACUCUAAAUAUAGGUUACUCUACGGCUAAUUCCUGCUGAACUUGUUGCCUGACAGAAUGUGCUCCUUGCCGACAACUGUUCUUACUUCUUCAGUGUACCAUGCCAUCUACUUGGAAGAACUGACAGCUGUGGAACUGACAGAGAAAAUUGCCCAGCUCUUCAGCAUUUCCUCUCAACAGAUCAGCCAGAUCUACAAGCAAGGUCCCACAGGGAUACACGUGCUCAUCAGUGAUGAGGUAAGAGUGAGCCAAUAGUCUGCUGAAACACGGGAACAGAUUUGGGAGUUUAAAGUAUCAUCGCAGGCUCAGCUCUGCUUCCAAAAGUGUCUCCACUCCUUCGAAGUGGAUGUCUUUUCCCAUCACCGUACAGUGUGAGGUCUGUCACCUGUAGUUUCAGAGUAGACUGAGCAAGAAAGAAGUUGCACUUUUAUACAGCUCUACUUAAUUGUCUAUUGACUUACUGAAAAACACAACAGCAAAUAGCAUGCUUAAACAGGGAAAAUAAACCCCUGCUGAGUAAGUGUGUGUGUGUGUGUUAAAUACUGUUAAACCAAAGUAGAUACUAGUGGGGUAGGAGAGCUGGAAAUAAUGCCAAGAUAUUUCACACCUGACAACCAAUGUGCCCCUUUGGUUUGCGAUAGUACAUGGGUAGAUGAGUCUAAAAAGCCCUGGACACAUUUUCAUGGCCAUCUAGCGGCUAUGGUGGCUCAUUUAACCAAAGUAAUUUACCAUAUUUUUCGCCCCGUAGGGCGCACCGGCCCAUAGGGCGCACCUAGUUUUUUUGGGGGGGAAUAAAGAAAAAAAAAAUUAUUUCCCCCCCAGGCGCGGGGCUGGGGGAAGCCUGAGCUUCCCCCGACCCCAGCCCCCAGAACAGGCUGCUAUCCGCAAGCCUAGGGAGCCCGGCGGGAAGUCGCACCGGUCUCCCCAGGCUUUGGGAUGCAGGCAGCUCUCCGCAACCCUACUGAGACCGGCGCAACUUCCCACCGGGCUCCCUAGGGUUGCGGAGAGCUGCCCGAAGCCCAGGGUGGCUCCACUGCGCUUCCCAGGUUUCGGGCUGCAGGCUGCUGUCCGCAAGACUUGGGAGCCUGGCAGGAACUCCCGCGGGCUCCCAAGGCUUGUGGAUAGCUUCCUGAAGCCUGGAGAGCGAGAGGGGUCGGUGCGCACCGACCCCUCUCUCUCUCCAGGCUUCAGUGAAAGCCUGCAUUCGCCCCAUAGGACACACACACAUUUCCCCUUCAUUUUUGGAGGGGGAAAAGUGUGUCCUAUAGGGCGAAAAAUACGGUAUUUAGCAUUAAUUCUGGAAGUGUAUACUCAAUUCUGACCAAACUAAGCCUCCUAGGAGCCGGAGGAGACAACAUUAUUGUGCUCUAGGAGGCUUCCUUUUCUCAGUGAAGUCCCUAUUGCUAAAAGGAAGGAGAAAUAUUUAGAUGGUCAUAUUGCUUGAAUUCACAGUUCUUUUUGAGUAAUGCCUGGAGCCCUAAAAACUUCGGUUUUUCAUUUCUAUUUUAGAUGAUACAGAACUUUCAGGAUGAAUCAUGUUUUGUCUUGGAUACUAUGAAAGGUACCAAUUUUUUUAAGUGCACAUUAUUAUCCCAAUCCCCUAGUCUUUUUCCUUUUCUCUGGAAAACCUAAGCGCUCCAUUCUUUCCCACCAUAGGGUAUCAAAACCAGCAUGCCAUAAUAGUUAUGCAUUGUAUUUAUUAAAUUUUUAGUCACUUUAUCCUGCCCAAGGCAACCCAAAGCGACUUACAACCAAACAAAUUAUGAAUUGUUGUGGGGUGGCAGACAGGGGGAUUGUACUCCUUGUGUCCAUCCAGUCUCAUGGUGCUUUGCUUUCUUUGCAGCUGAAACCAAUGAUAGUUAUCACAUCAUCUUAAAAUAGAGGGACUUGGACUUGUUGCAUCUUCUCUCAUGCACACAGCUUCAUUUGCCUGUUUGGCACCUGGACACACUGACAGAAAUCCACAAGAGCAACAGAACUCAUCUUGCUUCCACAGCAUGUUGCCUUCUGUUAGGUGAACCAUCUGUACCAUUGCUGGCAUGCUGUAGGCACCAGUUUGCAAGCACGGGGCUGCUUCUUCCGAGUUCAGUGCCAUGGCUGCACCCACUGCCUUUUGAAACAGCCAGACUGGCCAGUGAUGGAUUUGCAAUUAUGUAUAUUGGGGGUGGGCAACUGCAACAUUUUUGAUAUGCGACAGCUUGGCCGGUUGUGAUGGAUGCUCUGGGAAUCCCUGGACAAAUGAGCAUCUAUUCUGAGGGUCCUCUUUCAAAGCCGGUCCCAGCUAUUCAGGCCUCUCAGAGGCGUAUUUGGCUGAUAGAGCCAAGGAGACUUUCAGGUUUGCUGGCCGGUUGGGUAGGGACUUUGUUCCGAUUCUGACUUUCGGACCAUGUUACAGGUUUGUGGGCGUGCAGCUGUCCACGUGUGAGUGAUAACGUGGCUGUCUUCUCUGCCAGUGUAAGUUAGGAAUAACGCCUAUCUCGUGAGAGCCAUAGGGUUGCCUAUGGCUUUGCUAUACACUGCAACUGAAGAGACUUCAAAUGCAAAAGAAGGAAUUGCUAUCCUGAGCUGUUAAGGAACACAACGAACUGAGACAGAGGCAAAAAGAUUGUGUUUUUUAAAAAAAUGUGUUGGCUUUUUUUUUCGGGGGGGGGGGGAAUAUGUAGAAAUGAUGGCUGCCUUUGAAUGAAAUCCCACAGGAGGGCCAUAAUAACAUUAUCCCAGAAACAGCUCAUGCAGCAAUAGUCCAUAGUGCUUAUUUGAAAAGCCUGUGGAAGCUCCAUGGUGACAGAAGGGCAUGCGUGUCCGUUUCCCAGGCAGCAGCCAGCCUCUUGGGUAAAGGCUUCAGCCUUCUGACAUGAAUGCCAAGAUGCAUUUUUUGAGCUCUGGAGAAAAAUAUGGGAAACUGUUACAACUGUAGUGAUGACGCUGUGAAAAUCACAGGCGAACAACUUGUCUGAAGGGGAAAGGACCACUUCUCCUUUAGCCUUCCAGUCCCCCUAGAAAGCAGCAAUUCUCUGGAAUCUGCAACCUUGUGCGUCACAAUGUCAGUUUCACAAUCAAGUCUUGAUAGACACUGCAUUGGCCGUAGAGCUGGCAGCUGAUGUAAGCUGUGCUUAAGCUAAGUUGGAGAGGUGGGAAAAAUUAACUUUCAUUUCAUUAAAUGAAACCUAGUUACAUAUUUUUCUCAGUACCAGAUUAUUUGAGGGUUUUUAAAAUCAUUUUGACUUGGUAUUUUUACCAAAAAGUGCUGAACUUUUAUUUAAAUCAAUUAGGUUUAGUAGGUUGCUUCUUAAGGAGGCAAGAAACUGGGUCCGGUCAAGGUCAAGUGAAAUAAAGUCAAUGAAGAAGAAGAACCUUGGCAGUUGCGACUCCACAGCUUUUAAGUAGAAAUGUUAUGUCUCAUCAUAUAUAUGCCAAUAAAGAUCAAUUCUGUUUUCAGUCAGUCUCUGGCUCAGUUGUCUUCGGAGCUGGGAGUUUACAACUAUGACAUAGCGCCCCCUCCAGGAUUGUAGCUGGCCAAAGUUGGGGUUUCAUUUGUUUUCAGAAAUACCAAGCCUUCACAAUCAACAGUUUGUAUGGUUCAGCAGAAUGCUUAUUCAGACUGGAAACAGUGAUGGAACCAAAUCUGAAGUGACCCAGAGAAGUUCACAUUUUGGUAGCCUCUGUUUUGAUGAAAGCCAGAUCUACUUGUUCCAGCUCAAGGUGAUGAUCAGCUGGCUGGUUGGAAUGCAGGCAGGCA